AUGGGGUCACUACUGUUUAACGUAGCGCUCUUGGGCGGUGGCUUUGUGCUGGGCCGUGUACCAUUGUUGCCACUUGCAGCACAAGUUUUAGAUGAGCUUCAUUAUCUUUCUAUGUUACAUAAGAUGAUCGUCAUGACUCUCGUGUUUUUCGUAGUAGCAUUAUACGUGAUUGGUAUAUUGCUACCUCUGAGAUGGGUAGCAAAUAAUGAAGCGCAGAAAUCUGCUCAGCGACUGGAGCAGCCAGAGUCGACAUCGUUCCGACGAGAAAUACGACGUCGUGGUAGCUACAGUGUGGGAUACGUUAUCGAUAUCAAAUCUCAUGUGCUUGCUUGCUGUUAA